AUGGCGGCGGCGGCGUUGAUGGACCCGGCGAAGGACUGUGUGACCUUUGAGGACGUGGCCAUUUACUUCUCCCAGGAGGAGUGGGGACUCCUUGAUGAGGCUCAGAGACUCCUGUACUGCGAUGUGAUGCUGGAGAACUUUGCACUGAUAGCCUCACUGGGACUUACAUCUUUCAGGUCUCAUGUAGUUGCCCAGCUGGAGAUGGGGGCAGAGCCCUGGGUGCCUGACCGAGUGGACAUGACGUCAGCCAUGGCAAGAGGGGCAUAUAGAGGGCCUGGCUCAGAUUUUUGCCAUGGAACAGAGGGUGAGGAGUCACCUGCUGAGCUUAGUGUUUCUGUAGAAGUGUCACAGGACAUGAAUCCCAAGGUGGUUCCAUCCACCCAGAAAGGCUACCCCUGUGACCUGUGUGGCCUACACCUGAAAGACAUUGUGCACCCGGCUGAACACCAGGCAACACAUCCCUGGCAGAAACCACAUGUGUGUGAGGCAUACAGGAGAGAGUUCAAGUUCAAUGCCAACCUUCACCAACCACAGAUGCAGCAGAACGUGGACAAGCCUAUCGCAAGGAACGAAGGCAGCACCUCGCUUGUGAAGAGCUGCAGAGAUGACACAUCAAAGAAACCUUUCACACUGAGGGAGGGUGGGAAGGCCUUUGUGUCCAGAUGUGGUUUUCUCCAGCACCAGGUCACUCCCUGUGUAGUGGAGCCACACCACAGCCCCGAAGGCGUGGUGGAUUUUCCCGCUAUGCAAUUCCGUAAGAAGUGCAGUGAAUUUCAGAACGCUCUCAGUGACAAAUCCUCACUUGUUCAGCAGAGGACCCACACUGGAGAAAGGCCUUAUGAGUGCAGCAAAUGUGGGAUAUUCUUCAGCUACGCCGCUGGCCUCUUUCAACACCAGAGAGAUCACAAUCGAGGAAAACCUUAUGAGUGUGGUGAAUGUGGGACAUUCUUUAGCCAGCAGUCCAGUCUCAUCAAACAUCAGAGAGUUCACACUGGUGAAAGCCCUCAUGUGUGCAGCGAAUGCGGGAAAUUCUUUAGCCGAAGCUCCAAUCUUAUUCAACAUAAGAGGGUGCACACUGGAGAAAAGCCUUAUGAGUGCAGUGAAUGUGGGAAAUUCUUUAGCCAACGUUCCAACCUCAUUCAUCAUAAGAGGGUUCAUACAGGUAAAAGUGCUCAUGAGUGCAGUGAGUGUGGAAAAUCCUUCAACUGCAACUCCAGCCUAAUUAAACAUUGGAGAGUUCACACUGGAGAAAAACCUUAUAAGUGCAAUGAAUGUGGGAAAUUCUUUAGCCACUUUGAUGGACUUGUUCAACAUCAGAUAGUUCACACUGGUGAACGACCCUAUGGGUGCAGCGUUUGUGGGAAAGCCUUCAGCCGAAGCUCCGACCUCAUGAAACAUCAGCGAGUUCACACUGGUGAACGGCCUUAUGAGUGCAGUGAAUGUGGGAAACUGUUUAGCCAAAGCUCCAGCCUCAAUAGCCAUCGGAGACUUCACACUGGUGAACGGCCUUAUCAGUGCCCUGAAUGUGGGAAAUUCUUUAGCCAACGCUCCAGCUUCAAUAACCAUCGGAGACUUCACACUGGUGAGCGGCCUUAUGAGUGCCUUGAAUGUGGGAAAACCUUCAGACAAAGUUCUAAUCUGAGGCAGCACCAGAAAGUUCACAAACCAGAUAAGCCAUAUAAGUGCAAUGAAUGUGAAAAGGCCUUCAGCCAAAGGUCUACCCUCAUCCGGCAUCAGAAAAUUCACACCAGAGAAAGGAGUUCAGAGAAUGUGCACCCUCCUUCUUCUGCACGACAGCACCCACUAGAGAUUAACUCUGAGAGUGGUCUUUAUGAGGGAGCUGUCAGCCAGAAGUUGAACCUUGUUCAUCCAAAUAUCUAUGCUGGAGAGAUUCCCAAUGGAUGUUCCAUGGCCCCAGAAGUGCUUAAGGACCCUACACAGGAACAGAUUAGUCUUUCUCACAUCAGGACCAUGGGCACUGCUUUCUUCCCCAGUUCCCCGGAAAACCAAAGGUCUGUCCUUGUUCAGCAUGAGAAAAUCCACAGUGGAGAAAGGUUUUACAAGUGCCGUGAAUGUGGGAAAGCCUUUAGUCAAAGGUCUUCUCUGAUUCAGCACCAAGUAUUCAAUCAGAUAGGCUUUAUGAGUACAGUGAAUUAA